CCUCAUCCUCACAGCAUUUAUGUAACUGUGGUCCUUGAUCAGGGGGAGCAUUCAGUGGUUUACAGUGUCAAGUAUUCAGUCCACAACUACUUAUAAAACUAAGUGGAAAACUUAUGUUUUAUAAGAUUCUCUUUGGAAUUCAUCCUCAACAAUUCAGGCUCUGAAGAACUGCCUCAAAGCAGAGGAACUUUGCCUUUGUCACAACACAAUGGCAAAACAUGGGGAAGCAUAGAAAAUAUUCACAUUUCCCUCAGCAGGAGUAAUUCACAGAGGACAUGGAGGUUGGAAACCACACCAGCGUGACUGAGUUCAUCAUUUUGGGGUUAACAGAGAAUGCUACAGCUUGUGUCAUUUUAUUUAUUGUGUUUCUAGUAAUCUAUGUUGUCACCUUAAUGGGCAACAUCAGCAUAAUCAUGUUAAUCAGAAGCAGCCCUCAGCUUCACACACCAAUGUAUCUUUUCCUCUGCCAUUUGGCCUUUGUAGACGUUGGUUGCUCCUCAUCCAUCACACCUGUUAUGCUCAUGAGCUUCCUCAAGAAAGGAACCUCUAUCAGUGUUGCUGGUUGUACAGCCCAGCUCUGUACUGCUGUUGCAUUUGGGACAGCUGAGUGCUUCCUGCUGGCUGUCAUGGCCUAUGAUCGCUAUGUGGCCAUCUGCUCCCCACUGCUCUACUCCACACACAUGUCCCCCAGAAUCUGCAUUCUCUUAGUGGGAAUGUCCUACUUGGGUGGGUGUGUGAAUACUUGGACAUUUACUGGCUGUUUAUUGAGUUUGUCUUUCUGUGGACCAAAUCAGGUAGAUCACUUUUUCUGUGAUUUCUCCCCUUUGUUAAAAAUUUCCUGCUCAGAUAUCUCUAUUAUUGAAAUUAUUCCUUCCAUCUCUUCUGGGUCCAUUAUUGUGGUCACAGUGUUUGUGAUAUCUGUCUCUUACACCUGCAUCCUCACCACCAUCCUGAAGAUGCGUUCUGCUGAAGGACGACAUAAAGCCUUCUCCACCUGCACCUCCCACCUCACUGCAGUUACUCUGUACUAUGGAACGAUUACCUUCAUUUAUGUCAUGCCCAAAUCCAGCUACUCAACUGGCCAGAACAAAGUGGUGUCUGUGUUCUACUCAGUGGUGAACCCCAUGUUGAACCCUUUCAUCUACAGUCUGAGGAACAGAGAUGUGAAGGAGGCCCUGAGAAAGGCAAUUGUCAGAUUACAUUCUUAGGAUCCAUUCUCACCAUGUCAGAUGUCCUGUAAUGUUUGUGUUUGUCUGUAUCACACUGAGGAGCUACUAAAUACUGCAUAACUGAUUACUUAAAUUAAAUUCAUACCUCUUCUAACUCU